CUCCGCUCGCUGUUUUUCCUCUUCGGGUCGUGGCUGUGAUUGCAUUUCGUCAAGAUGCAGCUCAAGCCGAUGGAGAUUAACCCUGAGAUGCUGAACAAAGUGCUGGCCCGACUGGGGGUCACCGACCAGUGGCGGUUUGCGGACGUGCUGGGGUUGGAGGAGGAGACUCUGGGCUCGGUGCCAGCGCCUGCCUGCGCGCUGUUGCUGCUGUUCCCUCUCACGGCGCAGCAUGAGAACUUCAGGAAAAAACAGAUUGAGGAACUGAAGGGACAAGAAGUUAGUCCCAAAGUGUACUUUAUGAAACAGACGAUUGGGAACUCUUGUGGUACAAUCGGCCUUAUACAUGCAGUGGCCAAUAAUCAAGACAAACUGGAAUUUGAGGAUGGAUCAGUCCUGAAACAAUUUCUUUCUGAAACGGAGAAGAUGUCUCCUGAAGACAGAGCAAAAUGCUUUGAAAAGAAUGAGGCCAUACAGGCAGCCCAUGAUGCCGUGGCACAGGAAGGCCAAUGUCGGGUAGAUGACAAAGUGAAUUUUCAUUUUAUUCUGUUUAACAACGUGGAUGGCCAUCUCUAUGAACUUGAUGGGCGAAUGCCUUUUCCGGUUAACCAUGGCACCAGUUCAGAGGACUCCCUGCUGCAGGAUGCUGCCAAGGUCUGCAGAGAAUUCACUGAGCGUGAGCAAGGAGAAGUCCGCUUCUCUGCUGUGGCCCUCUGCAAGGCAGCCUAAAGCCUUGUGGGAGGGACUUGGCUGUUUUUCCCUCUUCCCUUCAACGUGAAAGUAUAUACAUACCCAUGCAGUCUAAAAUGCUUCAGUACUUGUAAAACACAGAUGUUCUCUUUAGGUUCUGCAGACAUGCUCUUCCCUUCAAUCACAUCGAAGCACUGGCAGAGCUCAGCUGUCGAUUGAGCCAGGUUUGGUGUUAGCUUCAGAUGGCGAAGCAUUUCUCCCCAUUGUAUGUCUUGUACCUUAAUAUCUAAUGCUUUAAAUGGCCACUUUGGUUUGUGUUUAGGCCUUGGAUGUGGUUUGUUUGUCCUCAAAAGGAAUAAAACUUUUCUGCUGCUAAGAGAUAAGCCUAAA